UUUGCUAGCUCCUAAGACACCGAGGAGGCUGCUUGCUCGCCUUCUGCACCGGGAUCACUUGCUAAGAAAACAAACGUAAAGAUGAUGUUCUUCUGCGUUCCAAGAGCUGCUGCAGCCGCACUUUUCAUCUUCCUCCAUCACUGCCUGCUUCUCCCGGUGUCUGUGCUAUCCGUCAACCAGACCGCCGCCCUGGUGCCGGCCGUGAUCGUGUUCGGCGACUCCAUCGUCGACCCGGGUAACAACAAUGUGAUGAGGACCAUCGUCAAGAGCAACUUCCCACCCUACGGCAAGGACUUCAUCGGCCACUCGCCCACGGGAAGGUUCUGCAAUGGGAAGAUCCCCACUGACUUCAUAGCUUCGACCGUCGGAGUGAAGGAGCUUUUGCCGGCAUAUCUUGGAACUACGUUGGGACCUGAGGAUCUACUAACCGGUGUGAGUUUUGCCUCGAGUGGGUCGGGGUUCGACCCUUUAACCCCAACACUAACGUCGGUGCUGUCGCUGCCGGAUCAACUGGAACUGUUCAAGGAGUACAAGAAGAAGGUGAGAGGCAUUGCAGGAAAAAAGAGAGCCAACAGCAUCAUUUCUGCAAGUUUAUACGUUGUAUGCGCAGGGAGCGACGAUAUAGCCAACAACUACUUUCUUCCCGCAUCCUUGAGGCAGCAUUCUUAUGACUUUUCUUCCUAUGCCAAAUUCCUGGUACACAAAGCCUCUGGUUUUGUUGAGGAUCUGGUCAAUCUCGGAGCGCGGAGUGUGGCUGUAGUGGGGAUUCCUCCGAUCGGAUGUGUGCCAUCUCAAAGAACGUUAGGAGGAGGGAUCAUGAGGUCUUGUGCCUCCGGUCAUAACCAGGUAGCCCAGCUAUACAACUCAGGGUUGAAGGAGGAGAUGCAGAGACUCAAGACCAAGCAUCAAGGAACGAAGUUGGUCUACGUCGACAUCUACACGAUCUUACUCAACAUGAUACUGCAUCCGAAUGCUUACGGGUUCGAGGUUUCAGCCAAGGGAUGCUGCGGCACAGGAGACCUUGAAGUCUCAGUAUUGUGUAAUGGAUUGACAACAGUCACUUGUGCAGAUGCAUCCAAGUACGUCUUCUGGGACAGCUUCCAUCCCACAGAGAGAGCCUACGAGAUACUGGUGGACUGGGUUCUCAAGACGUAUCUUCCCUACUUGCUUUAGCGCGAGAGUGUUGUGGACGUCAUCUGAAGUUUAAUCAACUAUCUGCAUGGUGCCAUUUCCAUUUCCAUUUCUAUUUCCUGCUCAUCUGUUUUCACUGUCUACAUGUCCUUUGUAUCUGUCUGGUACGAGCUACUUAAGUCGCCAUUGAUGUCUAAUAUAACCUCGCGUGUUCGCCAUUGAUGUC